ACCAAGGUGGUGCUCUGCAGUAUAUAAAUACAGGCAGGAGGGGAACCGGCUGGUGGAAGCUCAAGACGCAGCCAGUUUGCCUCCGAGGAGCAGCCCAGAGCAAUGUCCCUGGCUGGGGUAAGCUGUCUGGUGACAGGAGCAGGGGGAUUUCUUGGCCAGAGGAUUGUGCGCUUGCUGCUGGAAGAAAAGGAGGCGCUGGCUGAGAUCCGACUGCUGGACAAAGCCUUUAGCGAGGAAGUCCUCGGGGAAUUUGGAAAGUUCCAGGGUAAGACUGAGGUGAAAAUCCUGGAAGGGGACAUCCGGGAUGUGAUGUUCCUGCACCGCGCCUGCCAGGGCAUCUCUCUUGUCAUCCACACGGCUUCCAUCAUUGACACCUUGGGCCUCAUAGAGAAGCAGCUGCUCUGGGAAGUCAAUGUGACAGGUACACAGCUACUGCUGGAGGCAUGUGUCCGCUAUAACAUCCAGCACUUCAUAUAUACUAGUACCAUUGAAGUGACAGGCCCCAACUGCAAAGGUGACCCAAUUUUCAAUGGCGAUGAAGAUACAGCUUAUGAGAGUAUGUCAAAAUUUCCUUAUGCCCAGAGUAAGAGACUGGCAGAGGAUUCUGUGCUGAAAGCAGAUGGCCAGGUGCUAAAAGAUGGUGGCACACUGAUGACUUGUGCCCUGAGAUCCAUGUACAUCUUUGGAGAAGGAUGCCCAUUUCUUCUAGGUCAUCUAGAUAAAUGUCUGUUGAACAGAAACGUCUACCUGCGCUUCUCCAGGAAGGAGGCUCUGGUGAACCCCGUGUAUGUGGGAAACAUUGCCUGGGCACACGUGCAGGCAGCCAGAGCCCUGCAAGACCCACAGAAAGCCAAGCACAUCAGGGGGCAGUUCUACUACAUCUCGGAUGACACUCCUCAUAUGAGCUAUGCAGAUCUGAAUUACGAGCUGACCAGAGACCUGGGGUUUGGGAUUGAGCCCCAGCUCCCCAUGCCUCUAACAAUGCUGUAUUACUUCUCACUGCUGCUGGAGAUUGUGAGCUUCUUGCUCCGUCCCUUUGUCAGAUACAUCCCCUCCACCAAUCGUCACCUGGUCACUCUACUGAACACCCCAUUCACCUUCUCUUAUAGAAAAGCACGUAAUGAUUUUGGCUAUGUGCCCCGCUACACAUGGGAAGAGGCGAAGCAGAGCACUGGUCAGUGGAUUGCCUCCAUGGUCCCACAGAGAAGGCUGUACUUGAAAAGCAAAGCUGCCUAAGUCUUAGGAGGAGCUGAGACCUGGCUAAACAAGUAGAGCCUUGAGCCAGAGGAGAGCUGGGUGAACAGCAGCAGCAAAUAACUCAAAGUGUUUAAAUGGAGACUUAUUGUAUCAGCCCCCUCAUCCCCACUCCCAACCUACAGUAAAUAGAAGUGAA